AUGGAAGAUUCUGUUCUUUCUAUUGAUUUUGGGACUAGUUAUACGGUUUGUUGCUUUUAUAGAACAGGCAACUGUGAAUUCUGUUCUACCGACAAUGGGCAGCAUACAAUACCAUCUAUUAUCAGCUUUGACCCGGAUGUUAGUUAUGGAAUUGAUGAUGGAAAGAGUGUCUUACAUCAUUUGAAAAUGUUAAUUGGAGAAAACUUUGAAUCCUUAAAUAAUAGCGAUGUAGAUCAAAAAAUAUUUGGCAUGGCUUUGGUUGAAAAGGAAGAUGGAAUCGAGGUUAUAAACGGUGAUAAGUCUUAUAGUGUUCCAUAUCUUAUAACUGGAUUCAUCCAAUGUAUCAAGGAGGAUGGAGAGAAACAAGCCGGACGUGAUUUCAAAGAUGUCGUCAUUACCGUUCCUGCCCGAUUUACUCAAAGACAGCGAUCUAUAUAUAUAAAAGCAGUUGAAAAAGCCGGUUUGAGAGUUGUAAAGUUGAUCAAUGAGCCGACUGCAGCAGUAUUUGAGCUCCUUUCGAAGUAUGAGAGUAUAAGGAAUGAUGUAGUUUUGGUUUAUGACCUGGGAGGAGGUACCUUUGAUUGCAGUUUGGUUCAAGUGGAAGAUGCCAAAACUAUUACUGUUUUGUUUAGUGAUGGUUCAAAUGAGAUUGGUUGUGAGAGAUUUGAUGAAUUAGUGUUGGAAUAUAUAAUUAAAGAGAUCGAAAAAAAGGGAUUGAAGUGUAAGGACCGUGCAAAAUGUCGACGGAGUUAUAGCAGUGUACUUAAAGAUAUCAGGAAUGCAAAAGAAUCGAUUUCUAAACGUUCUGUUGAUAUUGAUGUGAGCAAGAUCAUUUCCGGCUGUCCGGAGUUUCAAGUUACGAUUACAGAAACUGUCUUAUAUGGAAUUCUCGAACCUAAAAUCAAAGAAACUUUGAAAAUCGUGGAUAACAUGCUUGCUAAAGUAAAGAUGGAGAAAUCAGCGAUUGGUUACGUUGCUCUGAUUGGUGGAGGAAGUCUUCUGCCCAUUGUGAAAAAGUGCGUUACUUCGAGCUUUCAAGAAAGCAGAGUAAUCGAUACGGCCAAUCCGAAGGAAAUCGUGGCAAAGGGCGCUCUGAAGAGCUACCUCCAGCACGAUAUCACCAUCAAAAGUGUAACAUAUUAUAACUACAGCUUGGAGCUGUACAAUGGAAAGUGCUACACGAUCAUUCCGAGAGGGACGCCCAUCCCGAUGGACAAGCCGCUACGGAAGAGGUUCAUGCCCGAGCGUUCUGGACAGGUGAAAGUGGAGACAGCGUUCUAUCAAGGGUUGAGCGAUAAUAGUAGUGAGAAUCAGCUUGUGAAAAAAAUCGAAUUUGAUAUUUCGAAGUUAAAGGGCUCGAAAUAUUUCUAUAUUGAGUUAUAUGUGGAUGGAAGAGACAUGAUUAGUAUAAAAGCCUAUGAGAAUGAACCAGGUGAUAUUUUGUAUGAGAAUGAAGUUAGCAUACCAUAA